AUGUCAACAAAAGCUAUUUAUGAAGCAACCGGUAAAAAACUUUUAAACAAGUAUCUUGGUUCAACUGCAGCCGAAUGUCGCUGCGUGAGCGUUGAUGCCAAUACUAACUGGAAUGAUCUCAUCGCAAACAAUCGUUGGUUGGAAAGUGAGCGAUUAGUGGUUAAGCCUGAUCAAUUGAUUAAGCGACGUGGAAAACUCGGUCUUAUCAAAGGUGAUGUCACUAUUCAAGGAGCAAAAGAUUUCAUCUCGGAAACACUUGGCAAAGAGAUAUCGAUCGGUCAUACAACAGGAAAAUUGAAACACUUCAUCAUUGAGCCUUACCUUGCACAUGAGAAAACCGAUGAAAUGUAUAUCUGCAUUUACUCGAAUCGUGAAGGAGAGGUUAUCCUUUUCCAUCACGAAGGUGGUAUUGAUGUCGGUGAUGUUGAUUCGAAAGGUUUACAGUACUCAAUUCUGAUUGACGAGUCAUUCGAUGAUAAGAAAAUGGAAACAGCUUUAUUAAAACACGUUCCUGCUGAUCGACGAGUACAUUUAUCAGCAUUCAUCAGCAAAUUGUUUCAAGUUUAUAUGGAAUUACAAUUUACAUAUUUAGAAAUCAAUCCACUAGUUGUUACAUCCAAUACAGUUUAUGUGCUUGAUCUUGCCAGUCGUCUUGAUCAAACUGCUGAAUAUUUGUGUGCAUCCAAAUGGGGCAAUAUUGAAUUUCCACCGCCCUUUGGGCGAGACGCUUAUGCUGAAGAAGCUUAUAUAGCUGAACUCGAUGCCAAAUCGGGCGCGUCAUUAAAAUUAACUGUUCUUAAUCCUAAAGGUCGGGUCUGGACAAUGGUCGCUGGUGGCGGAGCAUCAGUUAUCUACAGUGAUACUAUUUGCGAUAUGGGCUUUGCUGCUGAAUUAGCUAACUACGGCGAAUAUUCAGGUGCACCAAGCGAACAACAAACAUAUGAGUAUGCGAAAACGAUUUUAUCAUUGAUGAUCAAAGAGAAAAAUCCUGAAGGAAAAAUCUUGAUUAUUGGCGGUGGUAUUGCCAACUUUACCAAUGUGGCUGCGACGUUCAAGGGCAUUGUCAAAGCCUUAAGAGAAUUUCGCGAUCAUCUGAUCGAAUCCAAAGUGUCAAUUUUUGUUCGUCGUGCUGGUCCAAACUAUCAGGAAGGCUUACGUGUUAUGCGUGAAGUCGGAGCAUCACUUGGCAUUCCUAUUCAUGUCUUCGGGCCGGAAACACACAUGACAGCUAUUGUUGGCAUGGCAUUAGGAAAACGUCCUAUUGCCCCUCCUGAACAUGCAGAAUUAACUACGGCAAAUUUCUUACUUCCAACUAGUGUCAAUAUUCCUAUACGCGACAUGAGUGAACAGCAUACGACAAAAUUUGACGAAGAACGUAAACGACUUAAUAAAUCCACAAGUCUCGAUCAGGAAUCAGCCAUGAAAAGUGACGAUUCCAAUACAGCUACGAAUGCGUCAUCUACAACAUCGAAAGUUAACGAUGAUAUAAGAGGACUCAAUUUGGCUCGACCACUAUUUUCGAAUACAACAAAAGCUAUCGUCUGGGGCAUGCAAACAAAAGCAGUUCAAGGUAUGCUGGAUUUUGAUCAUGUAUGCCGUCGAUCACACCCAUCAGUCGUGGCAAUGAUUUAUCCAUUUACCGGUGACCAUAAACAAAAAUUUUAUUGGGGCCAUGAAGAAAUUCUUCUACCAUGUUAUAAAAACAUGGCUGACUGUAUGAAACGACAUCCAGACGCGGAUGUACUUAUUAACUUUGCAUCAUUACGCUCGGCAUACGACAGUACAAUGGAAACAUUAAAAUAUCCACAAAUUCGCUCAAUUGCAAUUAUUGCUGAAGGCAUUCCAGAACAGUUAACAAGACGUAUGUUGCGUUUAGCAAACAAGCAAAAUGUUUUUCUUAUCGGACCGGCUACUGUGGGCGGCUUAAAAGCGGGUUGCUUCAAAAUUGGACAUACUGGUGGUAUGCUUGACAAUAUUCUCAUGUCGAAACUCUAUCGACCAGGAAGUGUUGCAUACGUCUCUCGAUCAGGUGGCAUGUCCAAUGAAUUAAAUAAUAUCAUUUCACGUAAUUCAGACGGUGUUUACGAGGGCAUUGCCAUUGGCGGCGACCGUUAUCCGGGUACGACAUUUACUGAUCAUAUAUAUCGUUAUGAAGAUGAUCCUGAAGCAAAAAUUAUUGUUCUUCUCGGUGAAGUUGGUGGUAUCGAAGAGUACCAUAUCUGUGAGGCAAUCAAAUCAAAACGUAUUAAGAAGCCACUGAUUGCUUGGUGCAUUGGUACAUGUGCGUCAAUGUUUACAUCUGAAGUGCAAUUCGGUCAUGCUGGUUCACAUGCUGACAAUGACCGGGAAACAGCUAUUGCCAAAAACAAAGCUUUACAAAAUGCCGGUGCCUACGUACCGAAUAGUUUUGAUGAACUUGGUGAUCUAAUUCACGUGGUAUUCGAAGAACUUAAAAGAUGUGGUCAGUUGACACCGAAACCAGAUGUAUUACCACCUUCUGUGCCCAUGGAUUAUGACUGGGCUCGAGAAUUAGGUUUAAUUCGUAAGCCGGCUAGUUUCAUGACAAGUAUUGUUGACGAUCGUGGUCAAGAAUUAUUAUACGCUGGCAUGCCCAUCACCGACGUCAUCAAAGAAAAUAUGGGUAUUGGCGGUGUACUUAGUUUACUUUGGUUUCGCAAACGUUUACCAAAAUAUGCAACUGAAUUUCUUGAAAUGACAUUGAUGGUUACUGCUGACCAUGGGCCUGCUGUUAGCGGUGCACACAAUACAAUCGUAUGCGCACGUGCUGGUAAAGAUCUGGUUUCAUGUUUAGCUUCCGGUUUAUUGACAAUUGGUGAUCGGUUUGGUGGAGCACUUGACAAUGCUGCAAAACAGUUUAGCCACGCAUUUGAUACAGGUUUACAUCCAGCAGAUUUUGUCAAUAAAAUGCGAAAGGAAGGAGAAUUGAUUAUGGGUAUCGGUCAUCGAGUUAAAUCGUUGAAUAAUCCUGAUAUGCGUGUUGUUCUUCUCAAGAAAUUUGCCAAGGAACAUUUUCCAGCAACUCCGUUACUCGAUUACGCACUUGAAGUUGAAAAAAUUACCGUUAGCAAGAAACCUAAUCUGAUUUUAAACGUUGACGGUUGCAUCGGUGUAGCUAUGGUUGAUCUCUUACGCAACUGUGGUUGCUUUACACAUGAAGAAGCAUCUGAAUUCAUCGAAGACGGAGCAUUGAAUGGGCUCUUUGUUCUUGGUCGAAGUAUGGGAUUUAUUGGCCAUUUUCUGGAUCAAAAACGUCUUCGACAAGGUCUCUAUCGUCAUCCGUGGGAUGAUAUCUCCUAUAUUUUACCGGAGUCGAUGUAA